GUGGGCACAGUUGGAGGUGGGACCCAGCUGGCCUCUCAGGCAGCCUGUUUGGACCUACUCGGUGUGAAGGGUGCGAGUAAGGAAUCCCCAGGAGCCAAUGCUAGGCUUCUGGCCUCCAUUGUAGCUGGUGCGGUGCUGGCAGGAGAGCUUUCCCUCAUGUCAGCUCUCGCAGCUGGGCAGCUUGUGAAGAGCCAUAUGAAGUACAACAGAUCCAGCAAAGAUAUCUCCAAGUCUGCCUUCUGAUGGAAAUCCUCGUGUAUAGAUAUCUCAUUAAGAAAAAAAAGGGAUAAAUAAGGGAGAUUGGGAAAACAAAGUAGCCAGCCCAUCAGCAAGCCAGAAGGCAUACGAGAUUGUCCUUGCCAACUUUGAGGCAGAGGACUUGUGUGAUAUCCCUUGAUGCUCUCGGCAAUUCAGCAUCCAUGUGAUCGAUUUGUCCUGUCCUUACCCAUGGCAAGUCGGCAUCUGAAUGCAGCAAAAACUUUGCUGUCUCUUUCUGUUGUACUCUGUAUAGCCUUGCAGGAAUCUGUCGUGUUACAUGUGUUGUCUGGUGUCUUCUGAUUGUGGGGGUUAAAUUAAUUAAUAUUUUUAUCAUUGAUGUGCCAUUUGUUACAUUCUUUUUACUUCUUAGAACUCAUACCUCGUAGAGCAUGGUAUGUUAUUAUGUGGCAGGUAGAUUUUCUAAUUUCACCAUUUUUUCUGAAUUGUCACUUUUUCGUGAAGAAAGUUUUUCAUUGUUUGAAAUUUCUAGUGAUGAACA